UUUAAAAGGAGGGUGUUAAUGUCAGGCCUGCUCUUCUCUAGCCUGCGGGACAAGAAGAAGACACUAAGUUGUGUUUGGGACAACAUUAACUUCUUUAAGAGUAUUUUAGUUGCCCUUCCACCCCGCUAUCACCAGGCAUUGAGAAGAAGAGUUCUUGCAACGAACAGGUGACGAUAACCAUGAAAUGGUGCUGGGUGUUUUUAGGGGUCUUCGCCUCUUUGGGGACCCUGUGCUGGGGAGAGAAGGGCUUGGAGAUCCCUGAGUAUGAUGGCAAAGACCGGGUCCAUGAACUCAGUGCCAAGAACUACAAGUCCAUCAUGAAGAAGUAUGACGUAAUGGUGCUUUACUACCACAAAAAUGUGGAUGGGAAUCGCAGUGCCAUGAAGCAGUUGCAGAUAGAGGAGCUUUCCCUGGAGUUGAUCACAAGUCAAGCAGCAUUUAUCUAUCAGCUUGCAGCCCAAGUUCUGGAUGAUUUUGAUGAUGAGGACAUUGGGUUUGGCUUGGUGGAUGAAAAGAAGGAUGCCGCUGUUGCCAAAAAGCUUGGUCUUGAUGAAGUGGACAGUAUCUACAUCUUUGCCGAUAAUGAGAUUAUUGAGUAUGAUGGAGAGCUAGCCGCCGACACCCUGGUUGAGUUUCUUUAUGAUGUGAUUGAAGACCCCGUGGAGAUCAUUGGCAACGACCGUGAGCUUAAGGGUUUCUACAACAUGGAUGAGGUCAUCAGGCUUGUCGGCUACUUCAAGAGUGAAAGAUCUUCUCAUUUCACUGAGUAUAAAGAUGCUGCUGAGGAGUUCCACCCUUUCGUCAAAUUCUAUGCCACAUUUGACCCCAAGAUUGCCAAGAAGCUGAAACUGAAGAUCAAUGAGGUUGAUUUCUAUGAGCCAUUUAUGGAUGAACCUCUGCCUAUUCCAGGAAAGCCCUACAUCGAGUCUGAGAUUGUUGAAUUCAUUGAGCAGCAUGAUAGGCCCACUCUGAGGAAACUUGAGCCUUACAGCAUGUAUGAGAUCUGGGAGGAUGACAUUGAUGGAGAACACAUUGUUGCCUUUGCUGAGGAGGAUGAUCCAGAUGGCUUUGAAUUCCUGGAGAUUCUCAAGGAAGUGGCACGUGAUAACACUGAUAAUCCUAACCUCAGCAUCAUCUGGAUUGAUCCUGAUAAUUUCCCUCUGCUGGUUCCAUACUGGGAGAAAACCUUCCGCAUUGACCUCUCUUCUCCUCAGAUUGGUGUAGUUGAUGUUGAGGAUGCUGACAGUGUUUGGAUGGAAAUGGAUGACGACGAAGACAUGCCAACAGCCGAUGAGCUCGAAAAGUGGAUCGAGGAUGUUCUGUCUGGAAAGAUUGAUCCAGAUGACGAUGAUGAAGACGAU